UUACAAUAAAAAUAAUGCAAUUCAUCAACCCCGUGUUUCUCAUUUAUCGUCAUGGUGUUUCAUGAAAAUUAAAUUAUGCCUGUUGAUAAUUGUUCAUUAGAUUUUGAAAGACUUGCAUUUAUGGAUUUUUCAACACCGUAAACAUUUGCGCAAUGUGCUGCAGAUGUAAGGAAAAUCACACAAGUAAUCAAGUAGAGUCAAUCUCUUUAGACAUCAAUAAAAAACAUUCCCCUACGAUAUUCACACUGGUUUUUUUUCUGCAACUUGUGCAGAAAUGUGAAAAUAUAAAGCCAAAAAUAAUCAGCGCGUAUUGUAACCUAUUGAAUUUGCAAUUUACAGGUAAUGUUUGGUAAAAUGCAGUGUGGGGGCGGCGUACAAAUAGGAUCAUCUCAGUUUAACACUUAGGCUUUCGCGAUAAAUAUCCAUAAUCAGGAUCAUUCACCACCCCCGCGGCAUGAGUGGGAACUCUUAGCUAUUGGAGUGUGAAGUUCCAUGUGAGUGUAGGCGAUGCAACUGUCCCGGGAACCGUGGACCAAAGCCAACCAGGUACCGGCCUCCGAAUGGGGGGGGGGGGUCAGAAUUGAACAGGGGUGACCCAUUGUAUUGCAACAGGGGCAAUGCCCACCGUGCUACGCCACUGGGAUUAAAUUAACGUUGCCUGUACACAUGGCAGGUAUGGGGAGAGAGGGGGGUGGCACCGGACAGGGUGUAAGUGUGACUUGAUCCACAAUAACAACCCCGUGCACACGCGGAGCCAUGGGUCAUUUCCGUGCUUCGCCCUCGGGGUGGCCCCAGGUUAAACGAACCCCAGAUGCGCAGGGGGGCCGGCCAGGGUCUGCGCCUCUCCUCUCCCCUCCUCGUUAAUAAUUGCGUCGCUGCACGCAGCGCGAAUACUCAGUGGCUCUGCGUGCUUGGAGAGGACGGCGCCAGCCAGCAGCACGGAGCCCCACGUACGUGCACAGCCGGUUCCAGCCCGUCGCUUGCCGACUCUUUAAUAGGGCUCGAGCCUUGUGCGUAAAAAACUCACCCCGCGGGAGAGCGCACGGUGCACCAUCCACCACUGACGAUGCGCUCCGCUGGUGCGCGUCCACCCGGACCCUCACUCCGCCUUGUGUCCACCACUGCCAUCUGCUGCUACCUCUGCUGGCUCUGUUGUCUCGUCCCCACGGGGCUCGCAGCCAAGAGGGGACACGCGGAUCCGGACCGCCUCGAUGCGCGGACUCCUUCGCUCCCCGCGUUGCGGAGCGGCGCGCCCGAGCGCACGCAGCAGCUGGCGCUGGAGGAGCUCCUGGAGCGGCUGCUGCCCGGCCGGGCCUCCGAGAUGAUGCUCCUGGUGAACUCCUCCAUGGUAGCCCGGGGUCACGGCGAGGGAUCCCGGGACGUGUUCCGCCUGGAGAGCCUGCCCGACGGGCGGCUGCUGGUGGUGGGAAGCAGCGCCGUGGCUGGCGCGUACGGGCUCCACCACUACCUGAAGGAGUACUGUGGGUGCCACCUGGGAUGGGCCGGGCGCCAGCUGAAGGUGCCUCGACCGCUACCCCGGGUUGGGGGAGCCGUGCAGGUGGUGUCCCCCAGCAGGUUUCGCUUCUACCAGAACGUGCGCACGCGGAGCUACUCCAUGGUGUGGUGGCAGUGGGAGCGCUGGGAGCUUGAGAUCGACUGGAUGGCGCUGCAGGGCAUCAACCUCCCGCUGGCCUUCACGGGUCACGAGGCCAUCUGGCAGAGGGUUUUCCUGUCCCUGGGACUCACUCAGAAGGAGAUGGACGACUACUUCACAGGUCCUGCCUUCCUGGCGUGGUCUCAGCUGGGAAACCUGCAUGCCUGGGCUGGACCCCUGCCCCAGUCUUGGCACCACAAGCAACUGCACCUCCAGCGCAAAAUCCUGGAGCGGAUGAGGUCCCUGGGAAUGAUUACGGUGCUCCCGGCUUUCGAAGGCUAUGUCCCUGCAGCUGUCGCACGCCUGUACCCGAAGGCUAACCUGAUCCGGCUGAGCAGCUGGGACCGAUUUGACUGCAAUUACUCCUGCCCGCUGUGGCUGGACCCCCACGAUCCGCUCUUCCCCAAACUCGCGAGCGCCUACAUGAAGGAGUUGCGCGACGAGUUUGGCAGCGACCACGCGUACUACGCGACCAUGUUCAGCGAGCUGAUGCCACCCUCCAACCUGACCGCCGACCUCGCGGGCAUCAGCGGAGCCGUCUACAAGGCAAUGACCGCGGUGGACAGCGAGGCUGUGUGGCUGCUGGACACGUGGCCUUUCCUGUGCAACCCCAACUUCUGGCAGGAGCCACAGCUGCGUGCGUUCCUGCGCGGGCCGCCGCUGGGCCACGUGCUCGUCCUGGACGUCUUCGCCGAGACGCGCCCCCUCCACCGUACCACCGGCUCCUUUUACGGGCAGCCCUUCAUCUGGUGCAUGCUGCACAACUUUGGAGGCAACCACGGCCUGUUCGGCGCCAUCGAGAGCGUCAACCGGGGCCCUCACGCCGCCCGGCUCCUUCCCAACUCCAGCAUGGUGGGCACGGGCAUGGCACCGGAGGGCAUCGAGCAGAACGACGUCAUCUACGAGCUCAUGGCUGAAAUGGGCUGGCGAGAUGGGCCCGUGGACCUCGAGAUCUGGAUCGAGUCCUACGCGCACCGCAGGUACGGCCAGAAAGAUGCGGACGUUGCGGCGGCCUGGAAGGACCUCUGGCGCAGCGUCUACAACUGCACGGAGAAGCGGGAGAACAGGAACCAGAGUCCCCUGGUGGUCCGGCCUUCGCUCACCCUCGACACGAGUCUGUGGUACGACCCGGCACUCGUCUACACCGCCUGGGCGCGUUUGGUACGGGCCGUGCCUCGGCUUGGCGCCAGCCUGACCUUCCGCUACGACCUGAUCGACGUGACCCGGCAGGCGCUGCAGCUGCUGUCGGGGCAGCUUUACCGUGACCUCCUCGCGGCCUACGAGGGUGGCUCGGUGGAGGAGCUGCUGCUGUCCGGUGGCAUGCUCUCCUACGAGCUCUUUCCCGACCUGGAGAAGCUGCUGUCGAGUGACGAGCGCUUCCUGCUGGGACGGUGGCUGCUCGCAGCCGCCGCGCAUUCGGACAACGCCAGCGAGGCUGAGCUGUACCAGCUGAAUGCUCGCUACCAGAUCACCCUUUGGGGUCCCACGGGAAACCGGUUGGAUGUGGCCAACAAGCUGUGGGGCGGUCUGGUGAGCUACUACUACGCGCCUCGCUGGAAGAUGUUUGUGUCAACUCUCACCGACUGUGUGCACAACGAGAAGCCUUUUAACAAACGCGACUUUGACAACGCCUGCUUCCAGCUGGAGAAAAGCUUUGUGCUGGAUGACUACGUAUUCCCAGUCAAGGCCCGUGGAGACACGUACGAAGUUAUCAACCGUAUUUUUCUCAGAUACUACCACCACAUACAGCUUUUAGUCAGUCCUCUUGUGCUUCCCGUGUAAUGUCACCGUGACGAUAAUUAUAUAUUUAGUACCUAUGACCACAAUAAAUGCAUUCUUAAGUGUCAUUUUUAUGCCAGACUCUGACCUUUUAAGAUACAUAUGACGUUUGGAAUAAUAUAUCGUAAGGUGUUAUUUGUCUAAAAGGUUGAACGUCAGCUGAAGCAAGGAAGAAUUUAACACUUGAAAAAAAAAUUCUGUCAUUUAAUCCUUCUCAAACUUACACUCUCCAAUUUGAAGCAUUUUCUUGUCUAUGUUGAAUGGUCGAUGUGUGGUUUGUGACAUCUACAGUUAGUGAUACUUUCGUUCUAUCUUUUCCUAAAGAACUUGAACUUAUUAUUUGCAGUUCGUCCUCAUACUAUAUGUGCUAUAAGGUAUGUUUUAUGGGACCUCCUUUGCCAGUACCAAAAUAUGAGAAUAGGUUUUCCCCUUUUUUUGGUAAAAAAACAGGUAUUCAUAUUCUUGGUUCUUUCGGUAAAGUCACGUA